UCAGCGAAAUCGCAGAAUGUCAACAAUGAAAAACUUUGUAUGUAGUUCAGACAGAGGAUGCACGGAUGUAUCCGUUCAUUCUUUCAAGGUGCCAAACUAAACUUUGAUCUCUUUUUCGUGUCGAAAAUAGCACUUCAUUAGCAUACUCAAAAGUAUUGUGUUCAACGCUGGAAUCGCGGUUGUUUCCACAAUUUCUGUGACUGAAUCCUUGACUCGGAAAUUUCGGUCAAGAGGAAUCUCAAGACUGGCCACCAAAUCGUAUUCCUAUUUUUAAUGAGCUGGUUUGAUUCGUGUGAUUUUGGUGCAGGAUGGUUUGCAGGUGUCAGUCAGAUGGUGGUUGCACACCCUUUAGACACGGUGAAAGUUCGUCUCCAAACUCUACCUCACUUGAAUUUCGUUUCUGUCCUAGUCAACACAGCAAAAGUAGAAGGGGUUCGUGGAUUUUAUCGCGGAUUCCUUUUCCCAUCUUUAACUGCUGGUGUUCUGAACUCGGCUUUCUUUGGAGUUUACGGUAACACACUACGUAUGCUAGAGACAUAUCGGGGUGCAUCAAAUCAUCAAAAAUUAUGUUGUGAUGGAGGCCCUGCCUAUCCUCUGUGGCAUUUGGACUGUUUCACGGCUGGAUGUAUUGCUGGCACUGCAUGUGUAACUCUCUCUACACCAAUCGAAUUGAUUAAAACAAAAUUACAAGCAACUGCCAUAUUUGCCAAGGAAGCCAAUGAGCCCUUGAAACCAGUCGAAUGUGUCAAGUUAAUGUACAGACAUAAUGGACUUAAGGGUCUUUUCAAGGGUUUUCAUAUCAUGGUUUUACGUGAUGUCCCGUCCUAUGGCCUGAAAAUUGUGAUGUACGAGCAUUUGCAGUGUAUGAUGCGGGCCGAUAGGGUCCAUGGUGAAGCGCCAAUGUUCUCAGAAGUCGUUAUAGCAAGUGGUGUUGCUGGUGUCGCAUCCUGGGCUGUGAUCAUUCCUCUGGAUGUUGUCAAGUCUCGAAUUCAGGCCGAUGACAUAAGGAAUCCAAAAUAUUCGGGCAUAAUAGAUUGCUUUGUCAAAAGUUACCGAGCAGAUGGGCUGAAAGUCUUUGGUCGAGGUUUUUGGAUCAUCACUUUCAGAGCUUUUCCCGUCAAUGUUAUUAGUUUUGUUGGCUAUGAAGAAUUCUUAAAAUUCUGCAAAUGGAUGUCACAGAAAUAAGUGCAAUUUGAUUGUUGAUCAUUGUUUUUGUUAUUGUUUAUUGUUACACUCUUUAUUGUUUCAAAAAAUGUUUGCACUUUUGUUGAGGGCAGGCCCGGAUUUGCAUAUUUGCAUCUUUCUUUUUUCUUUCAUCCUUCUUAAAACUCAAAAUUUGCCACCCGUAAACUUUGCCGUUGGAAGCAGCUAUCCCUCCUGCUCUAUAGGGAAAUCCGGGCCUGUGAGGAUGUCUACUUACGCUAAUUAUUCAGUACCUAUCGCAAAACAAUUUUAAUGUCACUAUUUUAAGUUUCUUCUCAUACUAUGAACAAAAUUUUCUACUUAUGAUAGGUAAUUUUAUUUUGAUAGAAAAAAAUCAUCGUCAUUUUCAAAUUCAAGUUUAAGGGACACUUAUUAAUUAGGCUGAGUGUCAUCAACAUGUUUUUGUGAGGGUAUAUAAUUUUCUUCAUGAAAUAUUUAGCUCAUUACAUUCCAAUGAAAACCUCAUUAAAAGAAAGACGGCUCUUUAAUAUCCCGUACCUUCUGUAUGAGGAAAUUUCACUAUCAAUGUCUGUUAAUAAUGUUUUUACAAAGGGGUCUUUGAAGUUUUUUCUCUGAGAUGCUUUUAUUUUGAAGUUUCUGGGACCCGAACGAUUAGAUGUGGGAAUACUUCGCAUGUAAAACAAAUAAUUUUUGGUAUAAAACUAGAGAGGGAACGCAACACUCAUUAUCAACCCUCAAAAUACACAGUUGCUAAAAAAAGAGGAAGAGAAAAGGAUAACUGGACGUUACAAGCCAGCGAUAAAAUAGAGACCCUAUGGUAGUUUCCUAGCAAUUGUGGAAACUUUUACCCUAAUGAAUUCAGCGUUUCAUUUUACAGCAUUUUCCAUGUUCAUAUUCUGAUAGCAGCAUUUGUUGGGGAUGAAUUUUCGGUUUUAGCAGUGACCCUAGCAUACUUGCCAAACAUAUCGAUGACUAAAUGUAAAAAAUGCGUAGCUCAAUUACGACGUUUUAAAAAUCACCAAUCACGUUUAAUUUCUUUCAGACAAAUUGAUCAACAUCAGACAAUUCUAAUUUAGACCGUUGGUUAGUUUUCGUUUAAAAGAGUACAACUGAAGCGGAAACUUACAUCGCAAUCGGAGAUACCUACGGAUUUUUUUACUUUAGCCAUCGAUACGUCCCUUAACAGCCAGUAGGUUGUCAAUGAAGGGUGGAACUCUGAAUGUAGAAAACUCCACCCGUCCCCAAGAGGCUAGUAGAGGGUCUUUACUUGCUACUGCCACCGACAAUGGUUUUGAUCCUUAGUUUAAUUUUAAUUUUUGCUUUAAGUGACUUGUUUUUACAGCUAAAUCAAUUAAAUUUUCGUGCAAAAAUAAUUUAAGCUACGGACAAUAAUUAAAAAUUAGUCAUUUUACUGUAAUUUUGUGCCAUGUACCACUAGUCCAGUGUUUUUCAAACCGCCAUACAUUAAGUUUGUCGCUAAGUAAUGUAACAAUUAAUGUCUUCUUAAGUGGAUCAAAUCAAUGUUACAUUUUGCUACUACACUGAUCAAAUGACCUUGUGCUAACUUCAUAAGUUGAGAAUAUUGUUGUCUUGCAAUUGAUACAUUCCACAAUAUUUUAAAAUCAUUUUAUCAUAUUGGAAAUUUUUUGAAAUAACCUCAGAGUAGAAACUCUGUGUUAGAGAAUUCUGCCAAUUCAAAGUUGAGAAUUUUACAUCAACCUGUUGGGCAGGACUUUCAAAUAUUUUUCCAACAUCUCAAUCACUCGUUCACAUGA